UUUCACUCCCUCUUGUUCAGGUUCAAGAGUGGUUUGUGGCUGGUGGAAAUGACAGACUCAAGCUGAUUGUGUUACUAUGUAGUGAGGAUGAUGAGAAGGUCCAGAAAGCAGCUGCGGGAGCUUUGGCCAUGCUGACAGCAGCACAGAAGAAACUCUGCUAUAAAAUGACUCAAGUGACAAUUCAGUGGCUGGAAAUCCUGCAGAGGCUCUGCUUGCAGGACAGUGUGGAUGUUCAGCACCGUGGGCUGGUUGUUGCUCACAACCUAAUCAGCGCUGACAAAGAACUCGCCAAAAAGUUGGUAGAGAGUGAGCUCCUGGAGAUCCUGACAGUCGUUGGCAAACAAAAAGAUGACCCCAAAAUACAGCAUGCUAUUGACGCAGCUCGUGUGUACCUUGUGAAGUGCAUGGACUACGGGCUGAUCAAACCGCUGUCACAGGCAUGAGGACAUCAUUGUCUAUUGAGAAACGGCAAGGAAAGGGAGGCCACCAGGAGGUCUGGAAGUCUUCCAGAUCUGCAUAAGGACACUCAGUCCCAUGGCCAAGGCUUUACUGAGCACUGGCUUUGUGUGUUUUGUCCUGAAAGAAGGUAAAACUUAAUGAUAUCUAGGUACUGCAAAUACCUUCAGUGCCAGGAUGCAGCAAAUUUCCACUGAAAGAAGCAAUAUGGGAAGCACAUUGAACAGCUACUGCUUCAGGAAGUCUCAAAAAGGAUAAAGAGAAUGAGUGGACUUUUUUCAAAAAUGAGAAUUCUUUAUUUCAGCAAUUCCUAGCAGUGGAAGAACAAGCACAAGGUUUUAUUUCCUCACAUCAGACGUUCAGAAACUAGUUCAGAUUUGUUAUUUAAAAAUGAUUGUUUCUUCUUUUUAAUUGGAAUGCAGGCAUUUAGCGUGUGAGAGCACUGGGUGGAUUCAUAAUAAACAGCAUCUUUGCUCUGUGG